GGUUAGUUAUCAGGAACAUAAGAAUUAAAGAAAAAUGUUGACGUUUUAUUAAUUGUCAAACAGAUUAUCAAGAGAUCAAUCGUAUUUUUUUUUCCAAAUUGCAGUUACACAAAAUAUACGUGUAUAAUAUAAAUGUCAUUCAUUAUAUUAAGACUAAAUAUUCUUUAAUUGUGUUAAAAUAAACAUGGGAGGUUUAAAAAAUGGCCACGAGACAGGUCACAGAGAACGUAUCACGCGGCACCUACAGGUGGUGUACGCGCGAAAAACACGAGAAAAGCAAAUAUUUAUGGAAGAACUUAAAGAAUAUCGCAAGCGCAGAGAUAUACAAAUACUGAAAAAUAUGGUUGAUGAAGUGGGACCCCGGUGGUACCAAGCGCUGAGUGAGCCACAAAGGUCUGCCUUGGAUACUUUAGAAUUUGCAAUAUAUCAAGAUAUAUUGGAAGGGCGCCCCCAUAGGACGGCCGCGAUCAUGAAAAUUCUUGGUUUGUGGCCCCGUCCAAGUCAUCCUGUACUUUUAAAUUGCAUUUUCGCAGGUCGCGAUGACCCUAAAGAAAUGAUUGCUCAACUAUACCUAUCUACUUAUGGAUACCCUAUUGAGGGAAAACGAGCAUCAUAUUGUCUAAAUGCUAGACUCAUGUUAUCAGCGAUUUUUUAUUUAGGGCUCGAGAACUUGAUAAGUUUACUUCAGAAGAGGUUUACUCCCGAUGCCCCUCCGCCAGAGCCGGAACCCAAACCGAAACCAAAGCCUGAGCCACCUCUAGCUUCGCCGUAUCUCCAGAAGCUGGUCGCGGCUUUGUAUGAACCACAUACAUACCGGCGACCUCCACCGCCGCCUUUACCAAACUUAGACGACUUGAACGAACCCUACGAAGAGGAACCACUUAUACAGGAGCCACCACCGCCGCCUCCCCCACCACCCCCUCCGAAAAAGAAAUUAUCACAAUCAUAUUGCGACCAAGUAGCUGGAGUUAUGGAAAUUGUAGCCCAUUCAUCAGCCACUAAUCUUUCGAGAAAGAAUAUGAAGCCAAAUGCACGGAAACCAAGAGGUUCAAAGGCGGAUGAGAUGGAACGUCCACCAAAAAAAGAAUAUGGCUUACAUUUAGCAAGACGCAAGAAAGUCGUACGACGAAAAAAACCAGUGGCGCCACGAACUGGUCUCUGGAACGCUCAGUAUACAAUAAAUGGAGUUUAUACAGUCCAUGGAAAAACGCUUUAUGUUAUAGGCAGCAUCAGUAUACUACCUGCGCGGGGAGAACUUAUACACGGUGGACAUAAAUGCAUUGAAGGAGAAUGUAUCACAAUAAAUUGUGGGUUUCGUGGAUGGCCGCCGGAAGAAAAACCUGCUCCUUGUGAUUGUGAUAAGAAAUGGCACGACACUGUCUUCCAGUAUGUUAAAGACCACAAAUGUUAUUGUGGACAUUUUUAUGAUUAUGGAAAUGAGGGAACUUUUCCGCCUGAUGAACUUCCGUAUUUUGUGAAGCCUACACGCUACUCACCUAUAGGUUUUAAUUACGAAACAAUAUAUGACACUGACAACAAGCGACUACAUGUAGAAAAAGAAUUCAAAAAGCUAUGGGACACGGACAGCGUGUUACACGUCGAGGACGGCGUAAACAAAGUCAAACAAGAGAAAAAGAAAAAAAAGAAGAAGGCUUCCAAGACCUGCUUAGGACAAAAUCCUAAGCCCGAGGAUUACUUAAAAUGUGCAAUACGUUUAAUGCGACGUGUAAAUAUAGCUGCGCGUUUGCCUGACCUGCACUUAGUUCCAGAACUCAAAGAAUGGAUGAGGAAAAGGCUUUAUGGCUCGCUUACCAAGGUAGAUAAACAAGAAUUCUUACGAAAGAGUACCGUAUAUUGGACUAUGUUCACUUCGCUUGCUGCCAAAGAUUUCGGUCACGUGCAACCACCUAAGGAACCCAUGUACCAUGGUCUCAAAGAUUGGGCACAAAAACAAUAUUUAAAUGAUCAAUUCAGACAUUACACUCAUAGGUACAGACUGAUGAUGUACCGAUCACACGCCUACGUCACCAACUUGUUUUGGCGAUCCAUGUACCAGGCAGAGUUGCCUGAUAAGAAGUUCCGCGAGAUAUAUUUUUCAUAUUUGUUUGGUCGCGUUGAAGACGUACAAUUAAUACAUCCAUACAAUUCACGAGAAUCAGAAGAAAGAAAAUUAAUUUUAGCAAAAAAACGUUAUAUAUGUCUCCCAGAUGGUAUAGAGUCGGAACAAUAACUUUUGUCCUUUGUUUUUGUUUGUUUUGUUGUUUGUGAAGUAUUGUGAACUAUACAUAAACUCAUAUAUACAUUUAA